AUGCCUCACCCGAACAGUUUGAUGUAUAACGUAUAUGUUAUCCCUUUCUUGCCAAUGAAGAUUUAUUGGACACUAGCUAAGGCUACCAAGAUUGUCUUCAUUAGAGAUUUCCCAACACCACCUGAAAAUCAUCCAGAUGCUAAGAUCUCUAGAGCUUACAUCCAGUUGCCUGGAUUCCUUCACCAUUGA